AUGAGAGUAAGAGCGAACUCUCUACAAGCUUCCAAGGUCACCACAACUAAGUUCAACCGUUGGUUACCAGUGCAGCGAGAUGUGGAAAUAGAGUGGGAUCUUGAGUCGACACCUUUAGAAAUUAAAACUAAUUGUGUGCUGGGGAGUGACGAUAUUGUGGUAGUGCACCUUAACUCUGCUGGGGGAGAGUAUACAGGAGUAGUCUACCUCUGGUUCACCUCAACUCCACGAUAUUUACUCAACUGGUGCACAGCCUGGACUAACCUCCCUGUUGAACCCCCCUCUCCUACUGACAAGGUUUGGCGUAUCACUCUAACCAGAACUGCAGGUGUCAGACUAGUGAUACACUGUAACGAGGUGGAGGUGAUCAACAUCCUGUUCUCAGGCACAACGUGUAUAGACAAUAGUUGGAGCACGUUCUGGAGUAGAGACGUAGCAAAGAUAAGUUUCCAUUCCUCCGACACAGCAUCUGAUUACUACGGAACACAACCAGGUGACUAA